UUCAAUUUAUAGGAAAAAAUGAACAUGCAACCUGCAUUAUAUAUACCAAGAUCUAGUGGAGCACAACAUAGUAGCAUGGGUGUCUCUGGAGCUAUGCCUAUGUCUUUACCAAGUUUGCCUAAGUUAGAGGAGAAAUUUCCCAAAUUGCCAGAUGCUCUUAAUGUUAUCUCGGAGAAGGAGCUAACUACAAACCUCAAUUCUCCACGGGCAAUUUCAUCGAUGUCUAAGAGUGGAACAGUAGGGCAUCUACUGUCAUCUACUUCUGGACUCCACAAAGAUUUUCACUUUUCACCUACCUCUUCUCAAGAAACCCGGACGCUUUAUUUUCCAUUUAUAUCAAGUGGGGCUUCUAUGGCAGCCAGCCAAGCUUCACACUCAAAUGUAGAUUCUACAUCAUUAGAUGAUUAUCCAUCGGGGAACAAACAGAAUUCCUGGGGUAAAGAUUCAUCUCAUGAGUUUCUUGCUUUUCCUACAAAUGUUCCUGUUCAAAAUGGCCAAGUGGAAAGCCUCGCCGGCGUUAUGGCAUCUGAUGACCAUGCUAAGAGAUUUGAUUGGCAGGAAUGGGAUGAUCAGCUAAUUAACGAUGAUGACACUCUUGGUCAUGGUUCAAGCUGGAGUGAUAUCCUAAUAGAUGUCAAUUUUCCUGAUCCAGAACCUAAACAACUGGGAGUUUCUGAGAUCCCUUCUAACCAGCUGCAACCUCCUCCUCCUCCUCCUCCUACUUCAUCUGGGCAAAGCUGCCCCAUUGGUAGCCCAUCAUCUGCCACAUCUAAGCCCCGUAUGAGGUGGACACCAGAGCUUCAUGAAGUCUUCGUAGAAGCUGUAAAUAAGCUUGGUGGAAGCGAAAAAGCUACUCCAAAGGGUGUCUUAAAGCUCAUGAAUGUGGAUAGCUUAACUAUCUAUCAUGUUAAAAGCCACUUGCAGAAAUAUAGGACUGCUAGAUACAAACCAGAACCCUCUGAAGGAAUUUCAGAAAAGAAGCCAACUAUCAUCACAAAGAUGCCACCUCUGGACUUAAAAACGACUAGAGGGAUAACAGAAGCACUGAAAAUGCAGAUGGAAGUGCAGAAACAGCUUCAUGAACAACUUGAGAUCCAAAGAAUGUUACAGUUGCGGAUCGAAGAACAAGGGAAAUACCUUCAAAUGAUGUUUGAGAAAACGAAAAACAUGGGAAAAGAACUAAAUGUAUCAUCAUCAAAAUCAGAUGAACCUCCUUCACCAUCCACUGAAAUAAAGUUUGCCCCUCCUGAUGACAAAUCAGAUGCACCAAAGCAGGAUCAUGUCAGCACUGAACUUAGUUCAAAUGUUGCUUCAAGCCCUGCAGAUGAUCUCACUGAGAAUAAAGAACGAAAAUCAGCUUGUGAGAAUCAUGACUCAGAUGGUAGAGACUUAAGUGUCCCUCCAGCCAAACGUGCAAAAUCAGAGGAAACAUCACCUUCAUGACCUUGACACACUUUUUGUAACUUCGUAAAAGGAAUAGUUGCAAUAUGAAUUGUGCUGCCUA